CCCAGUGCAGGCACAAUUCUGGUGCAGGCUGAGGGACCGCCUUGCUAGUAGCCUCUGGACCACGCGAUGACUGGAUGGUGACUUCUGGGUGUGAAGACGGGAGCUGAAGAUGAAGGAAGACUGCUCCUCCAGUUCCCACGUGCCCAUCAGUGACAGCAAGUCUAUUCUGAAGUCAGAACUCUUAAGCCUGCUCAAAACCUACAACUGCUACCAUGAGGGCCGGAGCUUCCAGCUACGACACCGUGAGGAAGAAGGGGCCCUGAUCAUCGAAGGCCUCCUCAACAUCGCCUGGGGACUCAGACGACCCAUCCGGCUGCAGAUGCAGGAUGAUCGGGAACGGGUGCACCUGCCGUCCGCCUCGUGGAUGCCUGAGCGGCCCAGCUACCUGCAAAAGGAAGCGGCACCCCAGGACAGCAAGGUCCCUACGGAGGAGCCUAGAGCUCAGCCUGCAAACAAGGCCGAGGUUUCCAGAGAUAGCACAGGACCCCUGGAGGAGGAUGAAGAGGAAGAGGCUCCACAGCUCAUGCGGACCAAGAGUGAUGCCAGCUGUAUAAUCCAGAGAAGGACCAAGUCUCGGGGACCCAGUGAAGCCCAGAAGCUACGACGGCACCGGUUCUCCAUCAAUGGCCAUUUUUAUAAUCACAAGACCUCCGUGUUCACUCCUGCCUAUGGGUCCGUGACCAACGUCCGGGUUAACAGCACCAUGACCACCCAGCAGGUGCUUACCCUCCUGCUAAACAAGUUCCGGGUAGAAGAUGGCCCCAGUGAGUUCGCACUCUACAUUGUCCACGAGUCUGGGGAGCAGACGAAGUUGAAAGAUUCUGAGUACCCGCUGAUAUCCAGAAUCCUGCAUGGGCCUUGUGAGAAAAUUGUCAAGAUCUUCUUGAUGGAGGCUGACUUGAGUGAGGAAGUACCCCAUGAUGUCGCCCAGUACAUUAAGUUCGAAAUGCCGGUGCUGGACAGUUUUGUUGAAAAAUUAAAAGAAGAGGAGGAAAGAGAAAUCGUCAAACUGACCAUGAAGUUCCAAGCCUUGCGGCUGACAAUGCUGCAGCGUCUGGAGCAGCUGGUGGAGACCAAGUAACCAGCUAGUUCUUGUCUUUCGUGAUGCUUGUAGUAGCAAGUGUGCACAGAGUUCCAGGGACCCAGCCCUAACUGAUCACUGACCGAUGGCUGCUGUCUAAGGAAUCCAGUACCUAUGCUCCUUCUAACCUGUCCACAGACUAAAUAGCAUCCUGAAUCUCUAGUCUUGCCACUGUGGUGAGCAUGCUCAGACACAGACCCAGGAACUUGCUAGCCAGGAUCUAUGUGCAAAGCCAGCCUAGGUGGUAAUAAAGAGCCUUGGAAUUUCAGUACCAGUCACACUGCAUGGUUGAAUAGCAUGGCCAUUCCUGUUCAUGAAUAUUUCCAGCUUGAGAGAUCAGCAUCGCACUCAGCCCCUGGAGCAUGGGCUUCAUCUGCCUGCCCAGUGCCUGUCCCGGAGCCGCUGCAUGGCCACAAGUCCCUUCCCUCAUCAUCCAUGUGAACGAUGAACUCCCUGUCUUCCCUUGCUUCUUAUCGCCACUCAGGAACUCCGCUGGAGCAGGAGCUGCCAGCAGCUAUGAGACAUGUCCUACUUCCAACCACCGCUUCACCAUGGUGUCCUGGCCUCCAAGCCUCCUUUCCUCAAAUCAGGACUAAGGACUACCAGUAUUCCAUCAGCUUUGGCAGAAAUCAGCCUUAACUUCUGAGUGUGACCCUAAGAAAUCCUUAAAAGGAGCUGUCUUCAAGAAAUACACCCACUGAAUUAUGUUGGGGACUUGCUUUGGGUAGCAUUGAAACCAUACUGGCUGGCAGUAGCUCCAGAAGGCAGCGCUCAGUCCCCUUCGCUGCCAUCUUGUGGAUGCCUGUAUGCCUCUUGCCUUCUUUGGGACUGAGCUUCCCUCUAGUGAGGAGGGACAGCUCUCAGUACUUCCUAACAAAGCCUGGCAAUAAGGGGAAAUGCCUGCUUGGGGACGAAAAGCUUCUAAUUCCUUUAGGCCAGGUGCAGAACAAUUUGUUUGCUGACUGAUGGAAACUUGUGGAAUGAAUGAGGAAACUUCAUUUGUGAAACUAUGCAACAGUUCACAACAUAAGUCAUGGGAGUGUUCGUCUAACAGAGCAAACUGAAGGCUGACUUCUUCCCCUGAGGUCUGCGGACAGUAGAUUUAAAGAGAAGUAUGAUGAAGGCCUUCAAAGAUAGUUUCAUCUCCAAUGUGGAAGACAUGGAAGCUACCAUGGAAUCCUGAAGAGGAGAGCUUGAGAACAGCUGUGCUGUGUGGAGCCAGUAGGGAGGGGAGAUCACACCUGGAUUUUCCAGACCCAGCUCUGUCUUCACGGAGACACUUAAUGGCCAAGGGGGUUCUUUUGCUUCCUCGCUCCUUUGGCGCUGUACUUUCUUAGGUGCUCAAUAAAGGUCUGUUAUGUUGAACGGAAGCUGCAGGGGCCAA